CUUUAUUUCAGCUGCAACAAUCUCAUGAAUCAGACCUUGGUGUCAACAAGGUCAAAACAUGGAUCCAACCUAAAAAAAACAAACAAAAAAGACAGACUACCAUGUCAUGCAGAACCACAUUUCCAUUUUAGCUUCAGUCAAAUCGUUGUGAAGCCMGUGAAAAUGAAUCAGCUCCUCUGUGUGGCUUCAGACCACUUAGGGAUUUUAAACCCAAGCCAAUGAUUUCGCUGCAGCACCGGGCUCACAGUGAACUCCCACCACAGGGUAAAACCAAAUAAUCUGCAGCCCCACUGCCAGUGGCAGCUGUUGCCUGGGCACAUGUCCAAAAGAGGAGGAGAAGGAUKGCACAAAGAGUCGCAUCCUGCCAACGCAUCAAAGAUGUGACUGUCAGUAAUACCRACACUGUUUCCCUGGAGAUGGAUGCUUUCUCUCCUUGGUGGUAAAAGUUGUGUAAGGCUGUGAGAGGGCAGUAAAAGAAGGCCGACACAGGGAGGCAUUGUUUUAUGUGCCAUGACCUUUGUACGCAGGACGGUCUGUAAUUACAGCUUCUCUGUACUGUUACUGUCCUACAUAUUCACCCUUUUUCUUUUGGACACAAGUGCUUUCUACCUUCCUAUUUCAACUUGUUGAAUUUUACGAUGUCUUACACCUGGAAUAUUCAGCUGGAAAACCGACAGCUUUUCAAAAUGAAAAUCUGAGGCCUGUGACGCGUUCAUGCUUUGGAGRACCACCAUCUGUUGACAGUUUUCMAAACUCCUCGUGUUUUUAUUCACAUAAAACUGCCGCUCUAUCCUAAUUUUUUAUUUUUUUUAUUUUAUUGCCUAUUAGUUUGCGUGUAGGCGUCACCAUUAACCCUAUAAUCAAAAUAAGAUGUUUCGUUAACACAUUUUUUUUCUUGUGUCUUCUGUAGUUAAUUUUUGUCUAUAAAACAGGUCAUGUCUUUGCUAGUGUUUAUUUACAUGACAGCAGAUGGCUGCUGUGAGCAGACAGGUUGCAUUUCAGGACUGGGCUCCGCUCCGCAGCGCCCCCGUCCGGCCUGCCRCUGCACUGCGCGGAGAAGCUGUGCGUGUGUGAGUGCGUGUGUGUACGCGUGUGCGCCCGGUGAGCGACUGCCGCUGAAGAGACGACACCGCUGUCUGCUGUCAGCCUGACCAGUGACUGGCAAUGGAGUACAUGAACAACGCCUCGAACAGCUACGGUGCUGGAGACACCGUCAGUGCCUCCUUAACGAACAUGACCAUCAAUGACCAGCAUCACCAGGAGAACGGAGUCAAAAUGAAAGCAGGAGGAGCCUCUUCAACAGCUCAAGUAAAGACAAAUAAUGGAGACAAGAGUCAAACUGUCACCACACCACCCUCUUACCUUAAAAGACCCACUGUUGUCGCCAAGGGCAACAGAACACCCGGUUCCUCCCGAAACGGCCACAGCUCCAUCCCCAUUAAAGCCACCAGCAGCCCAGGGCCCCGGCAGCCCGGAGGUGCUGGUGCUGCAAAGCCUCAAGUCCAAGGAGCCAAAACUACUGCCAGAAGUGCAGCUCAACCAGCUAGUGCCAAGAAACCCCCCACUCCAAAAAAUGAAAAAGAUGCCAGGAGUGGGCAGAGCAGCCCCGGUACGCCCAAGUCCCCCGGCAGCCAGGCACUUUCCGCCGCCGAGGCCAACAAAGUGAAAAAGGUCGCGGUCGUACGUUCCAAUCCGAAAUCUCCGGGAUCGCUGAAGAGCCGUUCUCCGGCUCCUCUGGCUGCUGCGGCGCCGCUGCCUGACCUGAAAAACGUCAGGUCAAAGGUCGGCUCCACAGACAACAUGAAACACCAGCCUGGAGGUGGGAAGGUGCAAAUCGUGGAGCAGAAGUUGGACUUUAGUAGUGUGCAGUCUAAGUGUGGCUCCAAAGACAAUGUCAAACACAAGCCAGGGGGAGGAAAUGUCCAAAUCCUCGAUAAGAAGCUGGACUUAUCCAACGUCCAAGCUCGCUGUGGUUCUAAAGACAACUUAAAGCACAAGCCUGGAGGAGGAAGGGUUAAAAUACUUGAUCAGAAGUUGGACUUUAGUACUGUCCAGUCUAAGUGUGGCUCCAAAGACUAUAUAAAACAUGCUCCCGGUGGAGGCAACGUGCAAAUUCUUGAUAAGAAGCUGGACUUAAGCAGCGUGCAGUCCCGCUGCGGCUCCAAAGACAAUAUAAAACACGUACCCGGUGGUGGCAAUGUUCAAAUCGUGCACAAAAAGAUUGACUUGAGCAACGUUACAUCAAAAUGUGGAUCGAAAGACAACAUUCAUCACAAGCCAGGUGGUGGAAAUGUGGAGAUCAAAACCGAGAAGCUAGACUUUAAAGUUCAGUCCAAAGUCGGCUCCCUGGACAACAUCGGUCACGUCCCCGGAGGUGGACAGAGGAAGAUUGAGAGCCACAAGCUGAGCUUCCGUGAGACGGCCAAGGCACGCACCGACCACGGCGCUGAGAUCAUCUCCCUGGAAGACUCGCCCCAGCAGCUCAGCACCGUGUCGUCCUCCGGCAGCAUCAACAUGACCGACUCCCCGCAGCUCUCCACGCUGGCCGACCAGGUGUCCGCCUCGCUGGCCAAGCAGGGCUUGUGAACGUGCCCCCCCACCGCCUCGCCCCCGCUCCCGCUUCCUGCUCCACCUGCACCACACCACCACGUAGAGGAGUUGUAUAAUGCCUUCCUCAUUACUUUCACUGGACUUUUUUUUUAAGAUACCCAUCACUGUUUGUCCUCCACUAACCUCUUAAAUUUACUGAGGCGUUUCUUUUUAGAGAAGAACAAAAAAAGAAAGAAAAAAUCUGAAUAACAGGUAGGCCAAACUGUAUUGAUUUCUCUCUGUGGUCUUCUUGCAAAAAUACGUAAACCUUUUGUAGUAAAUAUUUAGGAGUUAAAGCAUCCAGCUGAGAAAAAUUUCCCCAGCGAAUCCGAGCGAAUUGUUUCAUCCCAACGCAUCCUGAUGAAAAAAACGACUUGGUUUCCUGUCACAGACUGUGAACCUUUACCAGUUUCCCUUCGAUGGGUGUUCACUAAUGUUUUUUUUAAUUUAUUUUAUUUUUUUUUAAUUUAGAUACACAGAACAUGAGCCUUGAGAGAGGAGGGCGAAUCCAACUCUUUAGCUCCAGUUUGAUAUAAAGGAACAGUGACGGGCUCUGAUGAAGGUUUGGGAGGAAAAGAAAUGUCAAAAGAAAAAGUAGCAAAUUUCUUGUCUAGCCAGAAAAAUGUCUUGCAGACCUCUCUGCUUUCUUUGCUUUGUGUCCCGACAUGUGCUACAGUAGGUGGCCGUGGUCGGUGGUGUGGCAAAAAUAAGAACCACUGAGGAGCAAAGGGAGGCGCUGCCUGAGCUUUGAAGCUAAAAGGAAACUCUUCCCGGCCGUCACUCACUGUCUGAACUCAGACGUUCAUCCAGACAUGUGAUACCCAAACCUCCGUUCACCCAUUCCUCAGCUUGUCUAUGCUCCUUCACAACACGACAUUACAGUAAAUAAAUUCAUGGCUCGAGGCCUUAGGUGUAUUUACA